GUAUGACAAACCUAACUGAAGGUUUGAAAGCAAGUGAAAAAAACAGAGAUGCAUCGCUCGGUUUCAAGGAGAUAAAAACGAUAGGAGACAAUAAUGCGAAAAGUAGAAAAAAGUCAAAAUCGAUGACAAUAGAAAGAGAUCAAUGGUCGGGUCCAUUCGAUUUCAUCGUUUCAAUGGUCGCAUAUGCUGUUGGUUUAGGCAAUGUAUGGAGAUUUCCAUAUUUAUGCUUUAAAAAUGGCGGAGGUUCAUUUUUGGUUGUUUACAUAAUAUUUUUUUCACUUGGCGCAUUACCUGUGUUUAUUAUGGAAAUUACGAUAGGGCAAUAUGCACAACGUGGUGCUAUGGAGAUUUGGAAUUUAUGCCCCAUAUUUAAAGGUGUUGGUAUUGGUAACGUUGUGGUUUCAUUUAUGUGCAUCGCAUAUUUUUGUGUCAUAUCAAGUUGGUCUAUCUUUUACAUGAUCAAUUCUUUUUCAUCGGUCUUCCCAUGGGAAACAUGCAACAAUUGGUGGAAUGAUAAAACUUGCAUAACCGGACAUGAAAAUGCAACAGUAAUAUCUGAAAUUAUGACAAAUUUGUCCAAAUAUAAUUUAACAACUGAAACAAGCGUUGAACAAUACUGGGAGCGACGAGUGCUGAUGCAAACAAAUUCGAUAACAAACUUUGGUGGAAUUCAGUGGGAGCUUCUCGGAAUAAUGACAGUGACGUGGAUUAUCGUUUACUUCUCACUUUGGAAAGGCAUUACACGUGCUCGCAAGUUUGUGUAUUUUUGCGCGUUAUCACCGUAUUUCAUGCUGGCAAUUCUGCUCGUUCGUGGCCUUACGUUACCGGGCGCUGACGUUGGCAUUUAUUAUUACCUGAUACCUAAUGCGACAAAAUUAUUGGACGUCACGGUAUGGAAAGAUGCCGGCACACAGGUGUUUUACUCGUACGGAGUGGGAUUCGGAACAUUGAUUGCCUUGGGAUCACACAAUAAGAAAUCUCAUAAUUGCUUCAGAGAUGGAUUUAUUAUGUGUUUUGUAAAUGGAUCUACAAGUUUAAUUGCCGGCUUUGUUGUUUUUUCCAUCCUUGGUUACAUGUCGGUUGCAGUAGACAAAGAUAUUGCCGAAAUUGUUAAACCAGGACCAGGCUUAGCAUUCUUAGCAUAUCCCGAAGUAGCCAGUAAUCUUCCGCUUAAACAAGUUUGGUCCAUGCUAUUCUUUUUGAUGAUUACUAUACUCGGUCUUGACAGUCAGAUUUGUAUGCUAGAAGGCUUAUACACCGCACUCGAAGAUGUUUUCCCACAUUUUUUACGAAAAUACAAGAAAACAUCACUUGCUAUUACCUGUUUAUUCUUCUUCCUCCUUGGCGUCCCUAUGGCUGGCUCAUAUUGGCUGAUAUUAUUUGAUGCAUACGGCGCUAGUGGUAUUGCGCUAUUGUUUGUCGUAUUUUUUGAAGUUGCCGGACUUUCAUGGGGAUUCGGAGCACAGAAGGUACGUAGCGCUUUAAAAGAAAUGAUUGGUCUUGAACUUUGGUCAUGCUGGAUAAUUGUUUGGAAAUUCAUUACUCCAUCUUUUAUUGCUGUUUUGUUCUUUUCCUGUAUUUACAAGUAUCAACCGUUAAAGUAUCCUAACGGCGAAAAAUUUCCGAUUUGGGCUGAAAUAUUUGGAUUUUUUUUGUCGUCCUGCUCUAUUAUUGUUAUACCAGGAUAUGCAAUCUAUUAUCUUUUGUCCGUCAAUCUUGACAGUUGCGCCAGUGAGCGCUUACGACGUGGUUUGCAUCCACCGUCUGAUUUAGAAACGGGAUUGCCACCAUCGAUUGCUUUUGAACGACACAGUGUUGAUUUGGAAUACAUUGAUUGUGAAUGUGCAAAAUAA